AUGGCUCCGACCAUCGACUCGGCGCUGGGGACGGCGGACAUGGCCAACGAGCAGCGCGGCCUGCUCGAGCUCAUUGACAAGCUGCAGUUCGCCCAGCUCGACAAUGUCAAGCUCCCGCAAAUCGUCGUCGUCGGCGACCAGUCCGCCGGCAAGAGUUCCGUCCUCGAAGCCAUCACGGGGACGCCAUUUCCCCGCGACGCUGGCGCAUGCACGCGCUUCGCGACCGAGAUCCGCCUGAGGCGGUCCGCCGAUGCGACGCUCAACAUCUCCAUCAUCCCCGACAAGAACCGCAACUUCAGGGAGCAGGAGAGGUUAAAACAGUUUGGCGGCGCGGUGGACACCGACAUGUCGUUUGAGUCGCUCAUGAGGUCGGCCGUGGAGCUGAUUGCGCCCAAGAACAUCCCCGGCCGCUUUGCCGCCCGCGACAUCUUGGUCGUUGAGAAGCGUGGGCCGGACAUGCCUCUCCUCACACUGGUCGAUCUUCCUGGUCUCGUCAAGAACGCCAAUAACGACCAGUCAAUGGACGACAUCAAGACAAUCGAGACGCUCUGCGACCGCUACAUGAAGUCCUCGCGCACCAUCAUCCUCGCCGUCGUCGGCGGAAACACCGACUACGUCCAGGCGCCCAUCCUCACCAAGGCGCGCCACUUCGACCCCUCCGGCAGCCGCACAAUCGGCGUCCUCACCAAGCCCGACCUCUGCGAGUCCAUCGGCCUCGAGGACAAGUUCAUUGAGCUUGUCCAGAACAAGGACAAGCAGAACUACUUCAAGCUCGGCUGGUACGUCCUGCUCAACCCGGGCCCCCGCGAUGCGGGCCAGCCGUGGCCCUCCGCCCGCGAGCGCAGGCAGCGCGAGGAGGAGUUCUUCGGCCGCGGCAAGUGGCGCGCUCUUCCCGGCUCAAUGUGCGGCGCCGGGGCGCUGAAGCAGAAGCUCUCCGUCCAGCUGCAGCGCCACAUCGGCCGCCACGUCAAGACCCUGCGCAAGCAGAUCCAGAACGCCCUCGACGACUGCGACGCCGAGCUCAAGAGCAUGGGCACCGGCAAGGACACCGUCGAGGAGAUGCGCAUCGAGCUUGUCGAGCUCUUCUCCGCGUCCAAGGAGCUCGUCAUCCCCGCCGUGUACGGCUUCUACAAGAACCCACCCGGCAAGAACUUCUUCCGCGCGACCGCCGACCCCCGCGGCACGCCCGCCCAGAACCUCCGCGCCCGCGCCAUCGAGGAGAACGAGAAGUUCUCCCACCGCAUCCGCCAGAACGGGCGCAAGUUCGGCUUCGCAUCUUCCACGGACCCGCGCUCGCCCACGGGCGCCGACGGCAGCGUGACCAUCUCCGACAGCGGCAAGCGCGACUUCGUGACCAAGGAGGUCGAGAUGCUGCUGCGGCAGAUCCGCGGCUCCGAGUUCCCGAUGGAUCCCAAGCCGCGCGCCGUGUACAUGCUCUUCCAGAGCUACUCGGAGAACUGGCCGCGGCUCGCGCAGGAGCACAAGGACAACCUCGGCGUGGUGUGCAACGAGUUCCUGAGCGAGGUCAUCGACUUUGCAUGGCCCGGGCGCAUGCACGACCCGCUGCGCUACAACUUCCUCGAUCCGCAGGUGAAGAAGCUGAUGGCGAGCGCGCAGGAGGAGCUCGAGCGCCUGACGCAGGACAUGAACCUUGAGAUCCAGCCGUACGACCCGGAGUACGAGGAGCGGCUGCGCAAGUGGCAGCUGGAGGCGACCAAGGACGGCGGGCGGUACACGGAGGCGCAGGAGGUGUGCGAGAAGAUGUUGAUCUUUUACGAGCUUGCAGCCAAGACGUUCAUUCGCAACACGAUCACGCAGGUUGUAGAGCGGCACUUGCUGCAGGGCAUGUAUGGUAUCUUCAACUCUGUGGAGAUCUUGAGCAUGCAGAAUGAGACGGUCGAGGGCAUCGCUGCGGAGAACAAGGAGACUAGGGACCGUAGGAUGACGCUCAAGGCGCAGAAGGUCGCUAUUGAGGAGGCUAAGGACAUUUGCGCCAACCUAGCCAUGAGGAAAGAGUUGAGGAUGUACGCCGAUGAAGACCGCGAUUUAGAAGAAACUUCAGACGAAGACGACGAAAAACCCCGCGAGCGCGAGACCCCACGCGAGACAAGCCGCAAACCAGUCUCAACCCCCGCGCCCGCGCAAGCACCGCCCGCCGCACCAGCCCACCGCCCAACCCGCUCCCGCGAUGACCGCGAACGUGAGCGCCCAGCCGCGACAUCCCAACCAGAGCAGCAGCAGCCCAACGGCAACUACACCUACGCGGGCCACCCGACGCCGGUGCAGACAGCGCGCCAAGAGGCCCCGCGCACCAACACGUCGACCUCGGAAUGGGAUGAAGAGUACUACCGUGCGCCCGCCCAAGCGCCUCCUGCGGUGGCGCCGCCCCCGCCUCCCAGGCCACAGAAGCUGAGGACGGAGGAGGGCCUCGCGCCUGAGGCGGCGUCGUCGUAUGUGCAGCGCUCGCCGAGCUCGAUCGGUGAGCAGCAGAAUGGGUAUUAUGGGCACGAGCAGGAGUAUACGCCGAGCUCGGGCAGGAGGGUGACGGCGAAGAAGCUCUUUGGUAGAGGUUGA